AGCCGUGCCACCUCAGUGCUCACAGCAACCAACCCCUGGCCGCGGGCGCAAAAUGGCGUGUGCAUCGCGGUUGAGUGUCCUACCUACUAUGACCCCGGGCUGACCAAGGUACAGUCGCACCCUCUUGACCUCUUCUUCUCACCUUUAUUCACCUGACAGCUCAUUUCCGACCCUCUACAACUUUGCAAACUGGUCGCAAAGCUUUCGCGACUCAUUAUUUGCAUUUACAUUGACUCAACUAUCCUUCCGUUGUAUUUAUAUUGCAUCGGCCUCUCUCCCUGACGUCAUUAUGCCUGGCGAAGAACCCGAGAAAGGAGACAAAGUCUCAUGGAACUGGGGUGGAGGCGCGCCAGGCGGCACCGUUGCAGAGAAGAAGACUGAAGGCGAAAUCGCCAUCACCAGCAAGCGCGGCAACAAGAUCAAGAAGAAUGCGGAACCAGGCAACCCUGCCGUGCACAUCGAGCGGUCUGGCAACGAUGUCGUAAAGAAAGCAUCGGAGCUCAACAUCGAAGAAAAGGCCAAUGGCGCAAGCGGUGAGACUCACGAGGAUAAAGAGGAGAAGAAGACUGGAGAGAAGAGAAAGCACGAGGAGGUCGAGGAUGGCGACGAGAAAAAAGAAGAGGCUGAGAAGAAAGAAGGGGGUCUAGAAGACAACGCUGAGGGCAAAACAGUUCGGACAGGCGGCAAGACUGAAAAGGCUAAACCUGCUGCUAAGAAGCAGAAGAAGACCGAGAAGACUGAGGAGAAGAAGGAGGACAAGAAGGAAGAGAAGCCAGAAAAGAAGAAAGCUGGUCGACCCAAGAAGACCGAGGGUGCUUCUUCGAAAGCGAAGAAGAAUCCGACACCUCGCGCUGGUGACGGCAUCGGUUCGCGAACAAGGAGCCAGAAAAAGUAGUUAUAGGCGCUGGAUCUCUUUGUUUAUGACGGAUGUGCAUGGGUGGUAUAGGAAAACAGGCCUAGCACACGCUGGGACCCAGGAAAGGCUAGAAGCAUGUAUCAAUGGACUAGUAAUGGACAAAAUCUAGGAACUUGGACCUUCUGA